AUGUCUCGAGAAUCUCAAAGCUCUCGUCUUCUUGACCUUUACUGGCAUAACAUCGGUGUGCGUGGUCGAACUCUACGUGUCCUCCGCCCGGUGCAGUUACUCUUUGCCAUCAUUGUUGCCGUCCUGUACGGCAUCGAUCUCGUCCAUGUGACAAACACAAACAUCAGAGUCUCUUCAGAAUGGGUGUACGCUGAAAUCGCCGUUGCUCUUUCCGGCAUCACUUCGCUUGUCUUUUUAUUCGUGCCGAUCCCUCAUCCUGUAUGGUCAAUCUGGGACGGUGUCCUAGCGGUUAUCUGGCUCGCCCAGACUGGUGUGUUCGGGAAUAUCUUCAUAGCACAGCGCAAUUUGGACGAGACUCACGCGCUAGCAACUUGGUCUCUAUCGCGUAUGCGCGCUGCUGUCUGGAUUGAUCUGGUGAACCUGUUCUUAUGGCUUUUCACGUUCAUUAUGGGCAUAAGUCGUUGCUGCUAUGCUAGGAAAUCCUCCACUCGGCAAGACAAGACGUCGGCUGGUGAAAGUCCAGCGUGUGGGAGGGAUGUGGAGAGAGGACUUACCUAUCGCCCAAAUUCUUUGAACCAGAACGAUGGAGAAGGAUGUGCUCCGCCGCCAUACAGAGAGAUUCCCAGUGAAGAUGUGACUACCCGUCUCGUAUCGGGGGGUAUAGCGACAUCGCUUCCUUGGAAGGAAAAAACCUCCACGAAGUGA